AGGGAAAAAUCAAAAACCCAAAAUGAAGAAUUUAGCUUGUGAGACUUAGUUGGGUUGAAUUUAAAGUUAAAUUAUUUAGUCUUAUUUAAAUUUAAUAGGGAUAGAAUUUAAUCUUGAAAAUCAGUGAUUUUAUUUAAUACUAGAUCAGGUGAUCUGUAAAAAUUGAUCGUAUGAAGGCAAUUAUACCCUGACCUUGCUCAUCCUUUUAUCAUCCAUUUACGGUUGAAUCAAAGAUGAGCGGAGCCUAAUGCCCGCUCUAUAUUAAAUUAAUUUCCCCAAUUCCGCCUUUGUUUUGAGUUUUUUGUUCACCCUAUAGUUUGUGAAUUCGAUAGAUUUAUAGAGGACGCACAGCUACUGUAAAGAUGGCAACGAGAAGCAAUUUCUACAAGAAUCCGUCCCUCGCCUAUAAAAAGGACGUCAGUCUCUCUUCCGUUCUUCAAAACUUGAAAGCAUAUAAUAUUGUCACGGGAAAUGUACCUCCAAUUGAAGAACAACCUCCGGCUGAGGAGAGAAAAACCAGUACGAAACGACCUCGCGUAUCGAAACCACUGUCAGAUAGAAACCUUGAAAUCGAAGACGAGGAUAGGCAUAUGUCUCACCAGGAUUACAUUGACAAGCGAAGGAAGGAAGUUAGUUGGAAUCCAUCUUACGAGGAAUUAAGUACUGACGUCUUGGUAUUUUCAAUUGUUGUGGUUGAGUUUUUGUGGAUUAUAUUUGGAUCUACUAGUUUGGCUGUCAAUUUGGUAUGCUAUGAAAGCGAUGAGAGUGUUUCUUCAGAAUGUGAACAAAUAGAUGAUACUCCCCACCAUGCUAACAUAAGUGAAGUGGAGAAAAUUAAGAGCAGAAGUGAACAACGGUAUCCUGUUCCAGGAGAACCUACUUGUAUAGUCUGUGGUAAAUAUGGAGAAUACAUAUGCAAUGAGACCGACGAUGAUAUCUGCAGCCUGGAGUGCAAAGCUGCUGUUCUGAGAAGUCGUAAAAUUGCUGAGGAAUCCUUAAUCAAGCAAGAUCCUGAUGUCUCAUCAUCAGGAAAUGUGUGUGCCUUACAAGCAGAUGGGUUUGAGAAGGGCUUACGCUAUUAUAACAGCAAUCACUGGUCGGGAAAGAGAUCUAGUCUUUGUACAUAUCAAUGUUGGAAAUGUAAUAGACCUGGGCACCUUGCUGAAGAUUGUUUGGUGAUGGCAAGUAAUCAGGAGCAGAAUAAUUCCUGUCCCAUUGCCAAAGAUCUGCUUGAGUUGUAUAGAAGGUGCCACCAGAUCAGUAAAACCUUAUCAUCAGCAAAUUGCAAUGUAUGCUGCAGCUCCUCCAAUUUGGCUACUUGUCUUGACUGCAACACUGUCCUUUGUGACAAUGCAGGGCAUUUAAAUGAGCAUAUCAGGACAAAAUCUUCACACCGUAAAUAUUACUCUCACAAGCUCAAACGCCUGGUGAAAUGCUGUAAAUCAACAUGCAAGGUGACUGACAUUACAGAUCUUCUGGUUUGUCACUACUGUUUUAGCAAAGCCUUUGACAAGUGCAAGGAUAUGUAUAGUGCAACUUGGAAAGGAGCUGGACUUCAAAUUAUUUGGAAUUCAAUUUGCUGUGAUGAUCACUUUGAGUGGCAUAGGAUGAAUUGUUUAAAUGCAGAUGUAGAAGACGGAGCUUAUAUCAUUAGCAGCACUACCAAGAAGCAAAAGUUGGUUCAGCUUAGUGAUUGCAUUUUCUGAUGGAUUCUGGGUUACAAACUAGUAAUGUUUGACCAUAUUGCUUUGCCUUGAAUUUGGUCAACAACUGUAUCAUGUAGUUUAGGUAUGUGAGCAAUAUCAUUGCCCAGAUAUACAUGUGGAACGGAUUGCUUUUAAGGCUUUUCAUGUUACGGGUUACUGCCGAAUCAGUUGGAUAUCCAUCAGGAGGGAGACGGGCGAGGUCAUAUGUGGAUGCUGGAGUACACCUGCAUAACAUGAUGUUCAUGAUCGGGAUAUGCUGGAAAUAAUAAACUGCUUUACUAGGAAUUUCCCUAAUCUUGGUACCCAAUCACUGAACUGGUUUCGAAAUUUGAAGACUGAAGACCCAAAGGCGAUGUAUUCGGAAUUUUGAGGGAAAAGAGUAAACCAAAGAUAUCUAUUGUCUUCUUGUGCAACAAGAUUUUUUUUUUUCAAAAAAAAAAAAAUCAGAGAAUAUGAGUAUUGAUCCGACAGAAUAACUUUUUCAAGUGUUACGUGAACUAGAAAAAUCGUAACUUCAAUCGUUAUUUUAAA